UGUCCUCCGGCCUCCUCCUCGAGUUCCGGCGCCGCUCUGCAGACUUGGAAGUGUGGGGCAGCCCGGGUAGUGGACGCAGGUAGCCUAGGUGGCUUCACCGCAUUGCCGUCAUCACCGGCUAGGUUUGCUGGGACCCCGGCCUUGCAGUCGUCUCGCCACCAGUGCUGAAGAUCAAACCCAAGUCUUGGGCAUGUUAGACAAGCACUCCUGAUAAUUGUUUUUAUAACUUAACAGUUAAAAAUAUGGAGCCUGAAACUGAAGGGCCGCCACCAGCAACCCAAGUGACAGCUCUUCAGCAAAUGGUUGCCUCUUGUACUGGAGCUGUGUUGACAUCACUAAUGGUGACACCUCUGGAUGUUGUUAAAAUUCGACUCCAAGCCCAGAACAACCCAUUCCCCAAAGGAAAGUGUUUUUUAUACAGUAAUGGACUCAUGGAUCACAUGUGUAUCUGUGAAGAGGAGAGCAAGAAAGCGUGGUAUAAGAAGCCAGGAAACUUCCAUGGAACAUUGGAUGCUUUUUUAAAAAUUCUUCGAAAUGAGGGCAUAAAAUCCCUGUGGAGCGGCCUCCCUCCUACUCUAGUGAUGGCAAUUCCUGCCACAGUUAUUUAUUUUACCUGCUAUGAACAAUUAAGUGGUUUUCUGAAAGCCAAAUUAGGAGAAAAUGAAACUCGAAUACCAAUAGUUGCUGGGAUUGUCGCCAGAUUUGGUGCCGUGACAGUGAUAAGUCCAUUAGAAUUGAUCAGAACCAAGAUGCAGUCUAAGACGUUCUCUUACAAGGAACUGUAUCGAUUUGUGAGCAUGAAAGUGUCUGAAGACGGGUGGAUUUCCCUUUGGAAGGGCUGGGCUCCUACUAUUCUUAGAGAUGUGCCUUUCUCAGCAAUGUACUGGUAUAAUUAUGAAAAUUUAAAGAGGUGGCUUUGUGAGAAGUCUGGUUUAUACGAACCAACAUUUAUGAUCAGCUUUACUUCAGGAGCCUUGUCUGGUUCUUUUGCAGGUGUUGCAACUUUACCAUUUGAUGUAGUAAAAACACAGAAACAGACGCAACUGUGGACGAAUGAAUAUUGUAAAUUUCCUGAACCUUUGGAUAUGUCAACCUGGACUAUUAUGAAGAACAUUGUUGCUGACAAAGGAUUUUCUGGGUUGUUUACAGGUCUCAUUCCUCGGUUAGUUAAAAUUGUUCCUGCCUGUGCCAUUAUGAUCAGCUCGUAUGAACUAGGAAAAUCGUUCUUCCAGAAGCACAAUGUUGAAAGGCAAUAAUUCUCAUGAGGGACUUUUGACUUGAAACAACUAGAGCCAAAUAAGAUGAAAACUUGUAGGCAAGAUGGUUUUUUUCAACAUUAUGAUCUUACAGUGUGACUUUAUCUGUCCUCCCUAUAAUUUCAAUGAAUAAUAAUUUCUAAUCUACCUCUAAAUCAUAAUCCUAGUUUCUGUUUUUUUAAAUAUUAAAAACAUAAUCCAGAAACUUCAGCCACUUAGUAGUCUUGCAAAGAAAGUUGCUCCUUAGCAGGACAAGGUUUCUGAGUGCAUAUGUCAUUACACACUUCCUUGUAAAUUAAUGCUGGAGUGUAGGGUGCAUCAGAACUUUUUGGAUUGUGUACUAAGCACUGCAGUGUAGAGAGCUAAGUGCAGUCUCACGCAAACUCAGAUCAUAAGUAUCAGCAUUUCAGUAGAGAGUGGAAGAGCCGAAUGCGGCAUUGCUCACAUUCCCCAGAUGGUGCCUGUUAACUUUGAUUCAGGACAUUGUAUUUCCUCCCUCUUGUUAGGCAUCUUGUAGUGGCGUUGUGUAGUGUAGAAUUUCCCUAAUGAAAAGUGUAGCCACUUUAUCUGGGUAAACCAAAGUAUAAUCAUUUACAUGAUGUAAAUGUUGACAUUUUUAGUGACUAACAACACUUAUCUAAUAUUUCUGUUGGGGGUAUAUUUACACUGGUGAUAGUAAAUAUAUAUUUAGUAAAUCUGGAUCUGCAGUAGAAAACCUUGGUAUACUUAGACUAGUGAAAAUAACUAGAUUGGGGCACAGGAAUGGGCUGCUGUAACUAGCUUGCCUUCCAAGUGUCAUUGUUUGUAGAGUUCUUUAGGUCAGUUCUAUAACUUUUUCUACUAUAAUCGAUAUUCCCUAAUCUAAAAGGCCAAAAUAUAAAAUGCUCCAAAAAUUUCAACUCUUCUAAAUGAUGCUGCUACAAUCCCACGCCUUCCCUCAGGUGACAGCAUACAGAACACAGGCACAUAGAAACAUAGAUUGCCUUUAGGCUAUUUGUAUAAAUUGUACCUGAAACACAUAAAUAUAUCACUUUAAGUAGGAAUGAGGUUUUUUAAAAUUACAUUUAUUUACUUGUUGUAUAUGUCUAUGUAUAUAUGAAGAUCAGAGGAAACUUUGAGGAGUUAAUUCUCCUGUUCCAUGUGUGCUUUGGGAUUUGAACUUAGGUGGUCAGGCUUAGCAGCAAGCGCCCUUUCCCCACUGUGCUCAGGACUGAGAUGUGAAGUAUGAUGGGAAUGCAGGGGUAGAACACUGUGGCUGUGGAAUGUAUAACUCAGAGUCUGACCUCUGUCUGGCACAGAUGAUAAAUAAUUUAACAGGUAAGUAAGAUGGCAAUGCAAGAAAUGCUAUUCUGUUUUACUUACCUCUAUAAAGCAAAAAGCACUUUAUCACGUUCUAUGUGUAUCCUAUGAAGUAUGAUGUGUCCCUUCUCUGCCACAACAGCAUAAUGUAUUUUGGUGACAAUGAUCUCUAGGGUAGGCGAACAAAUGCAUUUUGUAUCAUAGUGGAAAGUGUUUGUAUGUUUCAUCAGAAAUAAACGAUACAUGGUUUAUUGUACCAUAUUGUUUUACAUCAUAAUCCUGUGUUGAUUUACAUUAAAAAUGUGAUAUAUCCAUGUAUGUAUUUGUGAUUUAAAGUAGUAAAAUGUUUAAACUCCUG